AUGUCAUGUGAUCAGAUCGAGAACGUCAUCAUCAUGGCAGAUCACCCGGUUGAGAACGAAAUAAAACAGAUUUUUAAACGAUUAUUGUCUAUACCUACAAAUAAGGUUAAUUUUAUUGUACCAAUAAAAUAGCUUUAAUGUAAACCUUUUCUUCAAAUACAUCAUUUGAAUGUCAAUCUCAGUUGUGAACUUAUGUGUUGAUUAUCUAGGCACUUAUUUAACUUAUUUUAUUAUAUAAUUUAUACUGUCGACAGUUUCCAUUUCAUUCGUUAUUCUUAUUCAUUAUUUAUUGAAUGUUCAAAAUUUGGCAUUCCAUUUAUUCGGUAUUCGUGCAGUUCAGGUGCGUAUAUAGGGUUUCCAGACGUUAUUACAUAGUACGGACAGUUUGUAUUUUUGACCCCCUUGUCCGCACUUUCCUCUCACUCUCGUCGUCCGGCUUGUUGGUACUUUUGGCAGUGAUGUCUUGCUUGUCAUAACUUCGUUUAUAUCAUUCAAAGCUAGAAAUAUGAAAUUGGUCUUUUUGCAAUGCUUAUAGCUAGCCCUUUAAGGUAAAAGUGGAGUUUAAGUUUAGGUGCUUAUAUUAUUUCUUAACGCUUUUCGUAUUUUAUCAUGUAAACUUACGUGUAUUCUUCAUUAAUUAAAUACAGGCAGUUAUAGAAAUAAACCAAUACUGAAUUUUAAAUCACAUUUUUUCUUUUUAUUUGAUUCUUAAGAGUCUUUAAACAUCCCCAACAAAAGUAACACAGCCCCAUUUGUUUCGCUUUUUUUUUUUCGGCCUAUGGCCAGAUUUUUAACCACCUAUAAUUUAGUAUGCUGAAUAUGAAAUUUUUAAACUGUAGGCAUGUUCACAAAAAGGAAUGAAAUUUAGAUUUUUCAUUACGCACGAGCACCCCCCUUCCCCACCCCCACUUUCUUUUUUUUUUCCUCUGAGCUCUUGAAAUAUACAGGUUGUCCCAUGAAGUCUGGGGGGGGGAGAUUAGAAGUUGAUCACCGACUAAGGCUAAGGCAGCGGACACACAUGUCAUCAUUGUCCUGGAGUGAAGCUGAAAAAAGUGGGGGCAGGGGUGUGUGUUCCACGAAUAUGUGCCAAUGUGUGAUCACGUGUCCACUUUAAAAAAAAAAAUGUGUGACUUGCAGGAAUGGGGGAAAUCAGAUCAUUUAUUGAUAGUCAUCUCAUACUGAUGGCUGCAAAUACGUUGUUCGUGAUUGGUCAGCUCUAAUUUGAGCACCGGGCUCGAGGUCCUAUUGGGAUCUCACCGAAUAUGGGAUCCCACUGGGAUCAAGAUCUCACCGGGCUCGAGAUCCUACCGGGAUCGGGAUCUCAUUUGGAUUGGGAUACCACCGAAAAUGGGAUCUCACCGUGAUCUUACGGGGAUUGGGAUCCCACAAUGGCCGGGAUUCUACCGGUAUUGGGAUCCACCAUGACCGAGAUUCUACCGGGAUUGGGAUACCGCCAUGACCAGAAUUUUACUGGAAUCGGGAUCCCAUCAUGAUCCUUCCGGAUAACGGGGUGUCAGCGGAAAACGGGAAAAACGAAAGGUUUACAUAAGUUAUUUUAAGUGUUUUUAUGGGAGACAAAUUGAUUUUUUUUUUUAAUAUAGUGGUGUUGUUUUGUUGUUAAAAUUUCACUUAAUAGCAAUGUGAAUUAAAAGGAAGUAGAAGAUGUUUUUUUCUGAAUGCAAACCCGGUCAACUCCGGUUAUAUUUGAUAGUAAAGUUAUAAAAUAAAUACAUUUAUUUUAACCAAGAUUCAUCCAAUUGGGCAACUUUUAUAAUGUAUCUUUAAAGACAAAAGAGUUAUCCUUGAUUUACCGCAAUGGCUCCGUAAAAGACAAAAGACUCAUGAAAAUGUCCUUUUUUUAUCUGGUAAAAUUUGUUUAAUUGUUGUUGUAUUCCAAUAAAAAGGUGGUAUUUUACUUUUAAAAUACUUUUUAUAAAGAAUUAACAUAAAUUUACACAUGAAAAUACCAAUUCAAACAGAAAUAAUAUACGCACCUGAACUCCACUUUUACCCCCUUUAAAAUGACAUACCAUUUAUGGCAAUGUGAUAACAUUGAAAAUUUCUGUCGAAGUAACUGUCCAUUUGUCUAUCUUAUUCCUCGGCAAAGGCAAGCACAGUGGGUAUACCAGCACAGUGAAUAGUUUCAGCUCCAUCUGACAGAGUCCAAAAAUUAUAUCUUCAAUGCUAUAACUAAAAAAUCAGGCAAUGUUGUGUAGGAAUUGUAUCAAUUCACAUCAUAAUAAUGUUGACAUUCAUUUAUUUUUACAAAUGAACUAGCUAGAUAUCACUUCAGUAGUACUUAGUACAGUAUUAUAGUAAUAUCUCGUCCACCGUAUCUUCAAUGUGCUAGUUCAGUGGUUCCUAUAAUGUUUCAAUUUCUGGCGCUUAUGGCAAAUUUAGAUUUUCACCAUUCUUUUGCUGUCCUCACGGCGUAGGUACUUUGGUUAAAAAUUUUUAAAUUCUGUAAAAAUAAACCUAUGGCAUAGUUGAAUAGAGCUAAUUUUUAAGAGAAUUAUAACACCAAAAUCAUAUUUUUAGCUUUUAUAGUUUUAUAGUUAUGAAUGGUUAAAGUACAACUUCUGUUUGUCCUUUUUUAACAUGGACAGCAUCUCCACAUUCUGUGACCCUAUUCCCCUGUUCGCUUCAUAAGCUAUAUAACUCGUUUUAAUGAUACUUUUAUCAUGUAGGACUUUUAUUUUCAGAACUAAUGCUGUAUUAAAAAAUAAUUUUAUACAAUUAUAUACUAAUUAUAGUUUAUAUAACUAUGCACUAUAUUUAUCAGUAAAUUUAAAAUAAUGUAUUAAUAAAUGGCUUUUCUGUUAACCAAAUCUACGGUGUCCAUUUCACCGGUAUAUGCUGUAUAGUCUAUAUAAGGCAACUCACCCCCUAAAAUAUUGUUUGGGAUCUACUUACUUUGAACUUACAACUUUGGCACAUGACUAAUUAACUAAAACCUUCCCUGACCAAUGGUUUAAUAGUUUUUGCACACAGCAAACUCUUAUGAAUGAAACUCUUGAGAUAGUACUGCGGUAUACCCAUUAAGCAAGUGGCUGGGAAUGGUUGUCCAUAACGUUUUGCACACAGAUAAUUCUGAUCGUUAAUAAUAUGGACUCUACUGGGUUUUUAAAGCUCAAAUUAAAACAUUCUUUUUAAAUGUCUUCAAAAUGCAUUCUGAAACAGAAGUUAUCAAAUAUUUUGAUGUAUAUAGUGGUGAUAAUUGAAUAUUUCCUAAGCUAAGAAUCAGCGCUUUCCGCCAUUUAAAAGGGGGCAUGAUCACUAAUCCGAAAUGGCCUGUGCGACCUUUGCUUAAUGAGGUCUACACUGACAGAUGUACACAUUGCAUGAUUUUAGUGCUACCAUUAAUGGAAUCUGCGAUUUUUUUUUUUGGUUUGUUUUCGGCUCCGUAGUUUAGUUUGCUUAGUCAGACCUGAUUACUCUUAAGAUUUUGGCGUUCAAAUGUAGGAUUUUGAGAUGUCUUUUACGAUCGUACGCCAAAAAGGAAAUGAGUAAAACUCAAAAUGAGUAAUUCUCAUUCCCUUUUUUUGCUAAUCUGAUUGCAGUCUCUCCCCUUAUUACAAUUUUAUAUGUACGCUGAAACCCACCGGAGCUCCAAUUUUAAGAGACAGGGUUGAAAAAUACAUAGCCAACAUUCCGUUAGUUUUUUCUGAUUAAAAAAAAAAAUUAAUUAAAAAGUAUAUAUUUGAUUGUUGGCUUUAAUUUGCAUUCUACAUCCAGCAGUGAAUGGAUCGAGAAAUACAAUUGGUUGGGGACCAUCUAUAAUUGUAAUACGUUUGCCCUGGGGGGGAAAUGGAGUGGUGUUUAUUUUCGUAAUGAUGGUAAGCCAGGGGGGGGCUCUCGCCAGAAAUUACAUGUCUUAUUCAAUUAUUCUACAAUAUUCAUCCCGAAACUCUGAAUGUUCAACUAACAGCAUAAUUAUAUCUUGAAUGCUGUAAAAUAUCGCCCGUUGUUAAGUAGGUAUUGUGAUGAUGCCAUGUAUUUUAACAAAUGAACUUGGUAGCUAUACUCAGAUAGUAAUCAGUAUUAGAGAUAUUACAGUAAUAUUUAUUUAGUCCACCUUAUGAUCAAUGUGCAUGUGUCAUAUACAUAUAUUUUCUUGUGCAAUGCCAGUGGUUCUCAAAUUUUCGUUUCCCAGCACCUAUGCUAAAUUUAGUUUUUUCACCAGGCUCCCUGAUUGAAAUUCUAAUGAAUACACUUCAAAAUAGCGAAUACAUAAACAAAAUAUAAAGAGUUGGGGGAAAAUAAAUAUGACAUGUAUUUAGGUCACUAAGCGCCAUCUAGAAAAUGAAAACAGUAGUUACUCAAGUGGGUUACUGUUUACACUUUACACCACGACCCAUAUUAGUGACAUUGGAUUAAAAUUAAAAGUGGAAAUAAAGUUAUGAAAAUUUUGUAAUAUUUCGCAACACUCCUGCUAGAAAGCCGCUGCAACACAUAUUUAAAAAAUAUAAAAAUGUGUAUCCCCCCAUCAACCCGGGUGGAACACUAAAAGGAAAAUAAAUUCGGCCUUUCUCUUUGACCAAGUGAACAGUUUAAUUCGCUAUCAUGGUCCAAAGGUGAUUUUUCUCUUAGCCCCAUUCUUGUGGCAUUGCCUGAGGACAAAGAGCACACAGGGUGAUGCGGCAUAUAUUCUGGGAACCACUGGGCUCGCUGAAUUGCAGUGGUGAAUACCUGUGUCACAUUUUCUUUACUACUUUAACAUAAAUAUAUGAAGAUUAUUGGAAAAAAGUGGGGGGAGGUCGUCAAAAAGUACGCGUGGUGUUCAGGGGGUGGGGGAUGUUAAAAAAUUUGACUCUUUUUGUGUUUACAUACUAUAUAGAUGGCAUCUCCUUGUGUUUGUUUGAGUCGGUGCUGAAUGAUUUAAUUUUGUGGCAUAAUUAUUCCUUACGGCUGACCGUUCACCUAAAUAUGAAUUGAUAUCUAUAGCAGGUAAAUGUCUGCAAAACAAAGUGACCGCAGUUUGCAUUUAUCGUCUGUCAUCUUCUUUUUCCCAUUCAGUUACCCUUUUUGAGGCCAGCUUAAUUCGAUCCCACUAGACACGCGAUGCGAGUAGUUAUUGUAUAUAUCAUAUACACAGAAUGUUUGUUUAUUUACUAAUAAUAUACUGUAUUGUACAAUUUUGAGAAGAUAUUGUACAAUUUUAGGAGUACAAGGGUAAACAGGUCUGCAUGUAUUUAGUAAGUGUUACUCAUUAUAUAUAGGAAUCAUGAUUCUGAAGUUUGUUUUCUAUAAGAGAACAGAACUAAUAUGAGGUUGGUUACUAUAACUAGUCAGUAGUUCAUUCAUUUUGUUUUGUUUUCCGUUUUUUCCACUUCAGCAAUGCUUUGAUUGCAGUCACAGUAAUCCCACAUGGGCCAGUGUGACAUAUGGGGUGUUCCUAUGCAUUGAUUGCUCAGCAGUGCAUAGAUCCCUUGGUGUACAUGUCACUUUUAUACGUUCCACACAGUUGGACACAAACUGGACAUGGCUGCAGCUCAGAGCCAUGCAAGUUGGAGGGAAUGCCAAUGCUGUUAGUUAUUUACAUGAACUUUUAUUUAUGAUUUGUUACAAUAUGUGUUCAUUUUACAAUCAUCAUGAAUAUUUAACUGUUUAUAUGUUACUCACAAUAUUAUUCAAAAGUGGAUAAAGAGAAAAAAAAUUCACGCGGCACACAUUAAGUUAAAAAAAAAGUUUGUAAAUUUAUUUUUUAAAACAAAAAUUGCAACACAGCAUUUAUUACUGGUGCGUCCUCCCCCCCCCCCCCCCAAACCCCCCAAUCUUGUGAUUAAUAAAUUAUUAAAAUGUAUUAAAGUAUAUUAAAAUUAUAAUAUAAAAUUAUAAAUUAAUUAUUAAAAUAUAUAGAAGAUAAGGAAAUAGCAUAUUUUAAAGAUGUAUUUUUUUUAAACAAUAGUUAUUCAUAUUUUACUUCAGAGAGCCUUCUUCCAACAACAUGGCUGCACUACAACUGAUGCUCAAAAAAAGUACCACAGUAGAGCAGCAACACUGUACAGAGAUAAAUUAGUUUCUCUUGCACAACAUGCAAUGAGGCAGCAUGGUACCAAAGUAUGUAUUUAACAAAACUGAACAUUUCUUUAAAUAGUAAUCUCCUUAGUGUCAAUUUUUCAAAUUUUCAUUUUUAACUUCAUCAUCCUUCAUUGGAAAUAUGACUUUAAUCAAUAGAUUGGACAAUAUUGAGCACACAAGCUUCAAUAUCUCAAACUACAAAAUUUAGCUUUAAAACUUGAAUUAAAUAUUAAAAGUGGAACUUAUUGAACAAAAUUGUAAAAAAACAAUUGCAUCAAAUUUAAAUAAAUUAUCAAAGCUUUUGCUGUUUGUAAUAUAUUUCUCCAGCUCUUUUUUGAUGACCUCGACAAAACAAAAGGUCUUAAGGUUAGAUUUUGUGGGCUUUGCUUUAUAUUGAGUUCAGAUUUUUGAAAAGCUCAAAAAAUGAUUGAGAAUGAUUUAUUUUCAGAGCUUACAUUUAUUACUUAUAAAAAUGUACUCAAGGUAGUUUAAUAAAUAUAUUCAAUCUAUCCUAAUUUUGUUAGAAACAUAAAUUGUAUGAUCACUAGUUGGUAUUUUAUUUAAUUUGAUCAUUUUAUUAAUGUUCUGUUAAACUUAUAAUUUUUGCCCUAUUUCAUACAUAUUACACAAUAAAAGAAUAAUGAAUGGAAUGAAAUAUUUCAAAUCGGGUCCUACAACAAAUGUAUUUUGAUGUGCUUUUUCUCCACCAUUUUUUAAUUCUCUGGUUUUUAUGUUUAAAAAAGUGGGAUUCUUAUCUUUUUCAUGGUCAUAAAAUAUUUUUUCAUCCUAAUCUAUUGUUGUAAACUAGAUCUACUUAUUUUUGUGAUACUUCUAAAGGCAGAGUUGGAUUGAACAUAAACAACAUUGCCUUAGUUAACAGAUAAAUUGUAUGCAUUGUUUUGAAUAAUAAUCUACUUUACACAAAUUUGCUUUCUAGUAAUUCAACUUUGUUGUCUACCUGACAUCUUUUUGUGGUACCUGCCAUCUUAAUGUGGUACUUCAGUUUUUAUCUAGGUGCUAAAAAUUGAUGUUUUUGAUACUAUUUGGUUCUGUCAAUUUAAAGAAUUGGGAGCUAAUUUUAUAUAUAUAUAUAUAUAUAUAAAAUAUUUUCUUUACAGUGCACAGAUCUAACUUUUAAUACUGUCUUACUAAUUCUUCAGUAAAUCUGUAACAUAAUUUGUAUAUUUCCUAUUUUUUCCCUUUUACUGCAUUACAUAUAAAUAUCCAUUGUCAUUCAGUGAAUAAUAGUUAUAGUAUUUGAAUUAUCAAACCCCUGAAGAAAAAUAGAAUUUGUUUAAGCUUAUUCUUCUUAUAUAACUGCCACAAGUUCAUAGCAUACUGUUUCAAACACAUUGAAAAGAUGUAUUGUGUUGUGAAAUGGUGUUUUUAAAUGACAAUUUUUUAUAUGAUUUAAUAACAUUGGAGUAAGUCUGUUGAUGUGAAUGUUUUUCAAUUAAUAUAAAAUAGUAAUUUCAUUAAAGUAAAUAAAGCAAAUGAACUCAUGUGUUGUAUUAUUUUAUUAUGAUUUAGUUAAUUAAAUAUUCAUACUUUCCGACUAUUUCAAGCUUCACAUUGAGAGCCAUCAUGAGGCUGUGACACCAGAAAAAAAGGAGGUGGACUUUUUCUCUGAACACACCCAAGAUUUAGUAGAGGACUCCCUAUCCUUUCCUAUGGAAGAUAAUGCCAGAUUGGCAGCAAGCUCUAGCAGCACUCAGUCCAAACCCAUUAUCAAAAAUGGUAAAGCAGAAGAAGGUUAGAAUUUAUUUUAAUAAUUAAUGUGAAAGUAUGUGGUAUUAUAAAUACUUUUGUUUUUACCUGUGAUUUUCUUUUGUCUCAAAAUAGUUAAAAUUGCUUCAGUGGUCUCAGAGAAUUAGAUCUAAAUAAGUGUUUGAUGAAACUUAAAAAAAGAAUUACAAGAAAUGUCAUUUUUUUUUCCUUAGAUCUUUCUGUAGGUCCUAAUGUGGAGGCUGCAUUAAGCACUUCUCCAACCCAGGCCUUAAAUCAAGCAGAGCCUAGAAAGGGAAUUAUUGGCACCAAAAAAACACCUGCUGCGAAAAAAGGGGUACCUUACCAUUUGUUUUGACUGAAUAUUUAUUUGAAAAAAUAUAUUUUUUAAUGUGGUCAAAUGCUUAACUUUUAAACCCAUAAAUACAAGUGAAGAAGUUAAAAAUUUUACAAAAUAUUUGAAUUAUGUAAUUUAAUAUAUAGUGACAUAAAUCAAAUAUCACUAAUGAAUGCUCAUAUUCUGGUGAGGGUCUGAGAUUACUCUCUUAUGACCCCGGCUAGUUCAUUGGCUACCAGCUCCAUCCUCGUGUAGGACUCUCCCGGCGCCCUGGCCUCCACCAAAAAAUCAGGUGAGGGACUCUCGGUUAACAGAUGCGCUAGUGUUUCUGGGACCAGGCUGCAAUGCCGGUAGGUAGGGUCCCUGUUAUGAUUAGCCUGUUAAAGUAUAUGCCGAUGGGACAGUGCUUGGUACACAUCUGUGUCACUAAACUCUGCUGCCUGCAACCUAACCCCCACCAUGGGUCUUGUCUGCAAGGAGUUGGUGAAAACGCCUCUGGAUGUCAUGUUGUCUGCCCACUGCCUGUUCCAUUUUGUCCUAAAAUGGUCCGCUGGCCAGUUUUUGAUUCCCAGAUAAGUUACUGGUACAUCUAGCUGAGGCUGAGUAGCUCCGGUUUUCGCCAAAGUAUCUGCUUUUUCAUUGGCACUGGCGUUGAUGUGCCCUGGAAUCCAAUGCACUGUCACCGUUCUACACUAAUUCACAGAUCUUGCACACAUCAUCUAUGAUGGCGCCUACAAAGUGCGUGGUACUCGUUCUCUUUCCCAAGAUCUCAAGAGCAGAUCUUGAGUCGGAGUGGACUAAUACAUCGAGUCCCACAAGCUCGUACCUCUGCAGAAUGUGGUGCACACUGUCCAGGGCCCUGUGGAUAACCUCCAGCUCCACAUCGAAGUUCGAUGCUGUAGUCCUACAAGGUCUUGAAAGUUCCUGGUUUGGUGGCCCUCCUGUUAGGUUCUGGAUGAGCGCACCAUACCCCGCAUUUCUUUUUCUCAUGUUGGCAGAGCUGUCCAUGAACACUUUUACUGGGGUAUUCAAAUAUCCAUCCAUAGUCUUUAGGGCAGCUGCUUUUUGUAUAUGUUCAGGGCUGCAUCAGUCAAGGCCAAAUGUAUAAUGGGAGAGUUCCGCAUAUGGCAGAUUGGCUGGGAUAAGGGUCAAUCUUUCUCUAUUGUGAGGUCGGUCAACUGUCUUCUCCGCUGUUCCACUUCUUGAUGUAUGAAUGACGAUAGUUUCAGUCGCCUACCUGCUACCCAGCUAUUUUGCAUUUGGAAUGACUGUUGCUUUUCGUUAUGCCGUCUGCCGUUCAACAGUACUUAAAAUUGCCUUUUCUCUUCGGAUUUCUAGUGGCUCUACAUUAGCCAAGAUGUCUACAGCAGCUGUGGGUGUGGUUCUGAAUGCACCACAGAUGAAUCUCAGCAUGCUGUAGUCCAUUACCGACCUUACACUGCUUAGAAACAAUGCUCUAAGCUUAAUUGUUUCUGCGUCCCAACUUGUGCAAGCCAACUUUUUCUCCAGGUUGAGCUUGGCAGUUGCCUGGGAGCAGAUGUCUUGAAAAUUAUGCAUUUGCAACUUUUGAUCCAAUUUGACCACCCGGUAAACCGGUUGCUUAUCCCAUUUCAGCGCUACAUCGCCACCUUAAGCUUGAUUGCCUGUUUGAAAAUGGUUCUGCUAUUUGUGAAUAGCGAAUAGACCAUCUUCUUGGUGUUAAUUUCCAUAUGCUACCGCUGCAUAAACCUACUGAUAGCCAAAAGGUCUGGCUGUAAUAGCCAUUGCAGUCGGUGGACAUCUUUACCGGUGCUCCAGAUAACCAAAUCGUCCACACACAUUGCAGCAUUGGAUGCUAGUAUUUGUGGCAAGUCAUUGAUAUAAGCAAGGAAGAGUGUGCAAUUGAGGGCUGACCCAUUUGGUACCCCUCGCUCCAAAGCUCUCUUCCUGGAGGUUUAACUGCCAAAUUUAGUGUUUAUACCCACCUGUACAUAUAUGCCGUACUCCAAACCUUUGAAACUUUAACAAUUAAGGUAAAGAAAUACAGCCAGAAAGGUCGGAACUUGCGUUUUCCAUGUGUUCUGGGAUUGUCCUUUUUGCCACUCUCAGGAUAUCACUUACAAAGUUGUUGUAGGCUUUUAUCUCUUACCUUUUCCCGGGGAGAGCCAACCAAAGCAAACUCUCUCCUUUGCCAUGGGAGACACACGAUUUAUGUGGGUUUUUUAGCUUCGGGCAGUCGGUUCUGCCUUACUAGUGUGCCGGGCCACGUAGAGGCAAAACCCCUGUGAACACUGCAGGAUCUGUGCUUUACAGAUCAAAUAUCACUAAAUAUCUCACAUUACAAAAUAUAGCUUUAAAAACAUUUAAUGCAUCUAAUGUAUGUUGCGACAAAGAAUCUGUAGCAUUUCGAAGACAUACUUUGGGCACCCCUCAUUUUACUCAUGUACAAACUGUCAUUUGGGAUAAAUGGACUAAGGCACAACAGAUCAGUGCAGUUUAAAAACAGGAAAUACUCAAUCAGCAGUUCCAGUCAGUCUUUGGUGACGGCAGAGAGUACUCGGAGGCUGAGUUCCUUCUGAAAACCAAAAUGAUGAACAGUACCUACCCUGUCAUGGAAGAUAUCCAGAUAUCAGAGCAGGGUGUGCUUGCCCUCCUCAAAACCAUUAACUCCUACAAAGCAUGUGGUCCUAACAACAUCAAACCACGAGUGCUCAAAGAAUUAGCCAAAGAAAUCGCUCCUGCACUGACAAUCCUCUUCCAAUCAUGGCUGUGCAUAGGAAAUGUUCCAGCAAACUUGGAGAACAGCGCAUGUCACUCCAAUCUAAAAGAAAGGGGAGCAUUCCGACCCUGCCAACUAUCGUCCGAUAUCCCUGACCAGUGUGGUCUGCAAAUUGUUGGGAGCAUCUUGAAAGCCAAAAUAUACUCAAUGACUGUCAACAUGGCUUCCGAGUCAAUAGAUCAUGUGAGACCCAGAUCCUUGAUUUUGUAGAAGAUUUGAUGACCAAUCUGGAGAACCACAAGCAAAUUGACGUGCUGGUUAUGGACUUCGCAAAAGCAUUUGACAGUGUCAAUCAUAGUUUGCUUCUACACAAACUUCAGAGAUAUUGGAUCCAAGGCACCACUAAAACAUGGAUCUCUAGCUUCCCCAGCAACCACUUCCAAGCAGUAGUGGUGGACGAUACAAGCUCCUUUGUCAGUGUGAAAUCAAGGGUCCCCCAGGGAUCUGUGCUAGGCCCCUGUUUGUUCCUAGCAUACAUUAAUGACCUACCCGAGAAACUGAAAUCACAAGCAAGACUUCGCAUAUGACACAGCGGGGUAUAGGACAAUGGCCAACAGAUCUGACCAGGACCAGCUACAACAGGAUCUCAAUCGGUUACUGAGUGGAAGAUGAGCUGGAACAUGAAAUUUCACCCUGCCAAGUGCCAGACACUAUCAGGCUCUAGAAGUUGUACUCCUCUACACUACCAAUAUGAACUGCAUGGCCAUAUACUUGAGCCAGUUUCCUCCGUAAAGUACCAAAGAGAGCUCCGCUGGGACGAGCAUAUUAAACAAUGUGUAACCAGGCAAACAAGACCCUGGGGUUCUUAAGGCGUAAUCUAAAGAUUGGCAACUCCUGUGUGAAAGAAAGAGCCUAUAUAGCCUUUUCCGUCCGGUUUUAGAUUGUGCAUCUUCAUUCUGGGACCCAUUUACCCAGAAGAGCAUUGACAGGUUCGAGGCAGUCCAGCUAGGGGAAGCACGCUUUGUCUUUAACCGCUACAGGAAUACCUCUAUUGUUGGCAGCAUGCUGGAAACACUAGGCUGGUCACCAUUGGAGGAACGAAGACGACUAUCCAGGCUCUCCAUAAUGCAUAUAUAUAAGAAUGAGCUAUUGUGACAUAAGGCCAUAGAACCGAUACGAUUUAAGUACGUUCAGAUUCCUAAAAACAAUCAGUUAUUUUCUAUUGUUUUACAAAAUGGAAUAAAUUUAAAUGGGCAAAAAAUAUUUUUAAUCAGCUUUUAUUUUAGUAAAAUUUUAAGUAUUAUUAUUAUAAAUUACAAAUUUAUUUAAAGUAUCAAAUAAGAACUAUUUUAAACAAUUUAUCGGAAUGUAAAAGUUAUGAAAAAAAUUAUUAAAAUAUUAUGAUAUAAGAAUUCCAUCUUAAUUACAUUUAUCGGGAAAACCCAAUCAUCUGUUAUUCUUAGUGGGUAUUUUAGUGGGUUGUUAAUAUUGCCAAAUAAAAGUAAAAUUUAUUUGAUCUAAAUAAUUAUGCAAAUGACUCAUAGCAGGAUUGCCUAUUUUAGCCACAGCACUAAGUUCCUUUGAUUUUAUAAUCUUGCUUGACAAAACUGAUAACAUAUUUUCCCCUUCUUAAAAGUAAAAUUAAUAAAAAUAAUAGAUGACUUUUUAAAUUGCUAAAAUUUUCUAAAAUUAAAUACCGGUACUGUAGCUUUGUAUUUUUUAACAUUUAAUAAGUUUUUACUUUUUAUUCUUUCUAAAAACAACUUUUAUGAAAGUUAUAAAUUAGGACUAGUAAAAUAAAUAAUGGGCUCGUGCACUGUUCCAGUAUUAAACAGAAACUCGUCCUCUCCCCUAUAGACAGCGACGAGGCCAUGACAGGCAAUUUUGGCUCAUACCAGCUAGAAGCCAGUAUAGGAAAUGCUCAUUCCUGCCAAAGACAAUCAGGGACUGGAACAAUCUUUCAAAGGGAACAGUUGAGGCGACAACACUAGACACAUUUGCAUCUAUUGCCUCAAGCCUUCCAACCCAUAGUGCAUGAUUCCCUCACAAAGUAGCACUUGCAAUCAGUGUCAUAUCCUCAUCAACACCAGGCACAGAAACAUUGCAAAUCCCCUCUUAUAUGCAUAGGAGCAAAAAUGAUAGACAUGUUGAUAAGUAUUUCAAGCAAAAUUAGUUAGGGCUCUUACUUUACUUUACAAUAAAAUAACACUAAUGACAAUGUAUAAGAAAUUUAAAAUAUUAUCAUUUCAAAAGCUAUAAAUAAAGGACAAUGUAAGUCAUAUAUCACAAUUACCAUACUAUAGUGUCUAUUAGGAAUUAUUUUUACUACUUUCAUUAACACUAUAUUUCAAUGUUUACAAUUUACAAUGAGUACUAUUAUUAGUAAGUACUAGUACAAGUAGAAUAAUAAUUUAAACCUUCAUUCACAAUUCAAUCAUUGUAUAAGUAUAGUGAGUGUAGGCUUAGCCUUAAGAGUACUUUAAUUGAUAUCGUACAUUAAAUUUUAAUCAAAGUGACAAAUAUAUUUUAUCUAAAGUAAGAGUUAACAUUAUUAUUGGCAUGGUAUUUUUCUAUCUUCUUCCUGCUAGUGACUGCUAGCGAAGUAGCUUAGCGAUGGUUGAAGUGACUUUAGUGUUAGUGUACUCAGUAUUGUGUUGUUCAUCGCAAUUAAUCAAAGUAAACCCAUCUUAUUGGGUAUUUACUGAUUUAGUUGUUUUUUUACCGCCUCAAAGAUUUUAUUUGUGAAAAAUUACAUAUGAUAUAUCGAAAUUGCUAGGCCUAAAAAAAGUUAGCAACUAUUGUGUUUACAGCGGAAGUUGUUAUUAAUUAUUAAAAACAGAGUUCCCACAAAGGAACCAAACAAAAUGCUUAUUUUAUUGAAAGGUCAUGGCUAGAACUAGAUAAUGUGAUACAUGAAGUAGGACAGGAAAAUACUAAAUUUUUCUAGAAAUGACUGGCGAUUGAAAGGGUCGGUUGCUUUUGUAAUUUUCUUUAUGAUGAAAAGCUAUAUUUAUAUGAAACCGGAAAUCACCACACCAAAUACAUUGGGAUUGGGCGAUUCCAAUAAUCAUAACAAAGAGGUAAAAACACAACACAAUGGGGCAAUUUUGACAUUUUGCUGCUUAGUAGGGUCUGGAAAAUUUUAAUAAUUAUAUUUUCUAACUUACUUUUGUAAAAAUAAAUAAAAAAAUUUAAUUAAGAAAUGGUUAAUGAAAUGAAAUACCGGUACACAAUAAUAUUUUUUCCCCACAAAUUUGACAUUUUCGCCCAUUUCUCACCCAUACCUCAAACUGCCCUUAAGUAUACAUUCAAAAUCACUUUAUUAUAUUAAAUUAUUUGUAUAAUACAAAAGCUGCCUUGAGUUAUUUGGCCAAAUUUUUGUAAACCAAUUUUUUAAGUUUAUAUCUGUUAUUUUUGUAGAAAGGUCUUGGAGCCCAGCGUGUGCAAAAAGAUUUUGGCGCCAUUGAAAGUAGAGCCCAGCAGGUGGACAAAGAAAGAGAAGAAAUGGCAAAAAAUGUUGUUGUAGAGGAAUCCAAAACAAAGGAGGAUCAAGAUAAGCAAAUGUAAUUUUGGAAAUGAAAUGACUUCUGUCUAUAAUUUAAAUCAACUAUUGAUGCAAUCUGUAUUCUACCUAAUUUUUAAAAAUAUAAUUUAUUAAAAAACUUUUGCAGUAUUUUAAAAUUGUUGGAAAUAUAAUGUAUUGAUGAAUUUUGCAAUUAUUAAUCCCAUUUAUUUAAACAUUACUUAAUGAUUAACAGGGCAAGUAUGAGACUAGCAUACCAGGACAUGAGCCUGCAGCGUAAAAAAGAAGAAGAGAAACUAAUGAAGAAUGACCCGAAAAAAGCAGAGCAGUUUGAACGUUUAGGAAUGGGAUUUGUUGGAAAUAAGUAGGCAUUAUUGAUUUUAAUUUUUUUGAUAUUCUGCAAAGUAAAAGAAACUUUAUUCUCAUUUUAGAAGUUUACAAGUAAACAGUUGUUUGCUUGACUUUAUAUUCCACUAACAUUUUAUUAUAUGUUAUGUUGUACUAAAAAUAUGUCUGAUCCUUUCCUGUAUAAUAAUGUCUUUAAUUACUUGAAGAAAGUACAUCCUUUCGAAUGUCAACUUUGAUUUUGCUUGUUUUACAUUUUUUGCUACAGGGGCAUUAGCCACUCUGCCCUUUCAGACAUGAAGACAAUUAGUCAAGAGGCCCCAAGCGGGGGUAGCAACUCCUCCUCUAGACGAGACUUUGACUCGUAUGGGGAAAAGCCCAGAAACAAUAGAAGGGAUUUCUUUGAUGAUGAGUUUGAAAUUGUGUCAUCCAAUUGGUCUUCCAAGUAAUAUUUGUUUCUCAAUAUUAUAAAGAAGAUACAUUUUUAUUGGAGGGUUAAACUGUGAAAAAGCUAUUUAAAAAAAAGUUGAUUAAAAACCGGCUUAUGAAGGAUAAUAUGCUUUAGUAAUAACAAUUAAAAAAAACAAGGAAAAAAAAUAGAAAACAAACAAAAGGGUCUAGCAUACUAGAUAUUAAAACAAUAAUUUUUAUGAGUUUUAUUACAUUUAUAUAUGUUACCGGCAAUGUGUGAAAUCUGGCAUUGAAUAUAAUACCUAAGAAUUAUAUAGGAUGCCAGAAAUUUGUAGGCAAAGUAUGAAAAGGUUUUUGUUUCACACAUUUCCUAGGCAUUAUAUAAAAUGCAGAAGAUCAACCAGGCAAUGUAUAGAAUACCCCGUCAUUCAUGUUUGAUUCUUUACACGGCGGUGCCCUCCCCUUGGCAUUUUGCAAGACAUACAGAUAGGAAGAACUCGAAAAAAUAAUAGAAAACGUACAAACAACACAGUAGGAAGAAGCAAAUCACCCGACGCAAGAUACAGAAACUACUACACAGAAUACUGAAGAGGAUGCAACCAAUAAUGGAGAAAACCAAACUGAAUGUGAUGGCAUGGUUACCGAAGAACCGUCCACUUCUACUGUUUGCUGUGUCUGCCUAAAAGAAAGCAGCAGUGCCCAUACAUGCCGAAACUGUCGCCGUUAUGUUCAUGUUAUUUGAGGGCAUGCUGCUAAAGAUAAUGAAGACAAGGAAAUAGAAGGUUAUGGUGUUGGUAUUUUGUGCAGCCUGUGUUUCAAGAUUAAGAGAGCUGUAGAAUUAAGCUAGAAAAGAAUUUAAAUUUAAACCUUGAAAUGAAAAUAAACUCUUUAGAAGCCACUGUGCAAGUUCCUAUUCCUAACAUUAAAAAGGGACAGGGUAACUCGCGCAAUUUGUUGGCAGUUGUUGUGACAGAAGACGCUUUUUAGCGAUUUGGAACUGCACAAGGUAUCUUGAAACAACUUUAUGCGAGAUCACAGUUCCAUGUAUGUCCAAAUGACUCAUUGAAAGUUGAAGACGUCACUGACCAUGAAAUACCUCUCCGAUCUGCUGCUAUCUCUGUCAACAGGAAGCGGUCAAGGAUUCGUGAGGUGUAUGUGCAAAACCAAAUACCAAAACAUGGUGACUUUGUAUGAAAAAGAAAAUUAAUUGCAAUUCCAAAUGCCGCUCCAGCCUUACUUGCUGCAACAAGUAGCAUGAUGCCACCUUUGCUUUCCGGGUUCGUUGUUAAGAAUGUCCUUAACUUAUUUCAUAUUUCUUCUUUCAUUUUCAAAUGUGUUUUUCCAAUUAAAACGUUUUCAUUACCCUCUUUUAAAACUUUGCCUGAAGUAUAUUUGUCAUGUAUAAUAUCUAGGCAAUGUAUAAAAUGUCUAGGCAAAGAAUGUAACCUCAUCACGAAAAUCAAAUAAUUCUUACUUUUCAUAAAAACUUCAGGCAUUCUAUAUAAUGCCUAGGUAUUUUACACAAUGCCUGCAUUUCACACAUUGCCAGUAACAAAUACAUCAAAACCAAAUGUAAGGAUUUUUUUUUUUGUGUGUGUUGUGUUAUCAGAAAGUAGUACCCUUUCUUAAACUAGUCUAAAAAGUUACUUCAUAAAUGGCUGUAAAAUGUCUUUUUUUUUAUUCAAUUCUAAUUUUAGACGCAAUGAAGAUGUUAGCUCUGGUAGCAGUAAAAAUGAUGACUUGGGCGGUUGGGGCAACAAGAAUAAGAAUGGUGGUUGGGAUAUUGACAAAUUUGAUGAUAAAACCAAUUCUUCUGAGACAAUGGCGCAGAAAAAUAAUGACAGGUAAGUUAAAGAGAUAGCAAGAGAUCAGUCUUGCUUAUGAUUCAUGGUAGGGCUGAGCCGGGUGGAAUUUUUACUCCCCAGUCUGGGUAUUUUGAGACAAUACCCGAAAGGAAAUGUGUGUGAGUAGAACCAGUAGUGAUCACAAAGGCAUGAAAGUUGAGGGUUUCAAAACAAUUAUAGUUUAUUAAUAUAAUCCAAACCCAGGGGUUCUCAACUUUUUUAGUGCCAAACCCCUUUAUAACAUUUGCUGUCAAGUUGUGACCACAACCAGAAUUAUACCUUGAAAUUUAGAAACAGGUGUUGAGAAGGGGGAGGGGGAAGAGCUCUUUUGUAGAUAAAUAAGGCUUUGGAUACCAUUAUUUUGAUUCAGGUUGUAAGGAAGCAGAAGUAAGGAUUAAGAAGAGGGCUCUGUAGAUGGGGCCCUCUCCUUAGAAAAUAUGUGGUAAAGAAAAUAUGUGGUAAAUUCACACACCUGUUUAUAAAAAUUUGUGUGGAAGCUUUCUAACUUAUAAGUUUAGGAAAACAUAAAAAUGACAUAAAGGAGAAAAAAAUUAACGAAUUAAAAUCAUGUAAUGUAAUGUAAUAAGAAUGAGCUAGAAUGACCUAACUCCAAAAGAGCAGAAAAGAUUUAAGUAUGUUCGGAAUUCUAAAAAAAGUCAGUUAUUUUCUAUCAUUUUACGGAAAUCGAAAAAAUUUAAAUGUGCAAAACAUUUUUUACAUCCGCUUUUAUUUUAAUAAACUUUUAAGUAUUAUUAUAAAUUACAAAUACAUUUAAAGUUUCAACUAAGGAACUAUUUGAAGCAUUUUAUAUGUGUUUAAAAGGUAUGAAAAAAUAAAAAAAGAUAAAAAAUCAUGAUCAAAGAAUAACACCGUAAUCACAUUUAUCGGGAAACCUUAAAUAUCAGUCGUUUUUAGUGGGUCUUUUAGUACGUUGUUAAUAUUGCGAAAUAAAAUUUUAAAUUCAUUUGUUAUAAAUAAUUACGUCAUAGUGCGAAUAACCUAUUUCUCCAAAACUCUUAGGUUUCUUUAUAGCCCCCUCCCCCCCCCCAUCUCAGACGGGGCCAUAUUUCAAUUUAAAUGUACUAUAGUUAAAGUAGUACAAUUUAGUUGUAUAAUUUUUUUUUCAUUCGAGAAAUAAUUACGCAGAAAAAUAAUUUUUACACUAAAUUUAAUCUAGUGUCCUAUAUUGUUCCACGGGGAUAUAUAAUUAGAUCUAAAAGCUUAUUCGAACAAAAUCGCACUGAGCAUGAUCCCAUAGAGAAACAGAAUCCUAAUGGGACCCAUCGGUUACACGAUCCCAUCGGGGAACAGGAUGCCAUUGAGAUCCCAUCGGGUAAUGGGAUCAAACCGGGAUCAGGAUCCUAUCAGGAAAAGGGAAAACAUCGGUAAAGAGAGUCCCUAGGUGGAACGGGAUCCCACAGAGAACGGUAUCCUAACCAGAUCGGUAGCCCAUCGGGAUCCACUGAGAUUGGGAUCCCACUGGGAUCAAGACACCGACGGGAUUGGGAUCCCCAACGGAAUCUGGAUUGUCCCUGGAAGCCACAAGAAAAUGGGAUCUCACCGGGAACGGGAUCACACCGGGAAAAGGGAUUGCGAUGGGAUUGGGGACUCAUUAGAAUUUGGGUCUUACCAGGGUGGGGGUCUUAAUGCAAUCCCGUGCAACGCCGGGUAUAUUGGCUAGUUAACAAAUAAAAAUGGCAAAAAUUUAUAUUAAUUUAUAUAAAACUAGUCCUAUCGCUGAAAAUAAUUUAGAAUGAACAUUAAAUUAAGAAAAAAAUGCAAAUUUUACACCAAAAAAACUCUCAAAUUUCUGAAAUUCUCUAGUGACCUCUGACAUUUUGUCAAGCAACCCCCGAGUGGGUCGUGACCCGACAGAUUGAGAACCACUGCCCUAACCCAUAACUAAAAUCAAACAUGGAUUUCAGCUUAGCUAUAUGUGUUCGUGUUGCUGAUUGCUAGUUGGUAUCAAUAGCAGUUUUCAUUUUCUAACUUACACAGUUUUUAAUACAAAGGCGUAUUUAUAUCAUCUUCGAGAUACCAUCCUAGCCUUCCCUCAGCUAAGCCAAUUGCUUCACUUAUUAAAUGAUCCACACAGAAAAUAAUGCUACUCAGUAUCAUCAGCCGGUCAGCAUGUGAAAUGAAAUAUUCAUAAUAAAUAGAAAGUGCCAUGGACAUAACCAAAGAUAUACAUCUUGCUAAGAAGACAAAUAGUUUUUUAAAAAUUGCAUCAAGUACAUUAUUUUAUUCAAGAGCUUUGUAGUUUCAUUGAGUGGUAAUUUAGUUAAGUGCCAAUCGCCAGUCACUUUUAUAUUAUUAUUUUUUUAAUUCAGGUAAACUGUACACAACAAAAUUAACUUUAAAAAAAAUACGCUGUUUCUAAAUAUACCUUUCUCCCAUUGUAAAAUGUAGAAAAUGUGAAGAAAAUUCUUUUUUUUUCUUUUAAACACUUGGUUACAUUUUUUUGUCAGGUCUGGGUAUGUGAAGGGUCUGCACAUCUGGGUAUCUGGGUCAGCACCUGGCUCAGCCCAAAUUUAUGGAAAGAUUCGGCUUUGUUUCUGACUCAGUUGAUAUUUUUUCAUUAUAAAUAAAAGUUAUAUUAAUUUUAAAAAAAUGUAUUUAUUAGUAUUAAAAAGAAAACGUUUAUAAUUCUUAAUAUAAUAAUAUAAAUUUGAAAUAAUUAAUAUACAUUCAUAAAUGAAUUUUUUGGUGAAAACUUACAUUUUCUCUACAAAGAAAUCUUUAGUCAAAUCACACUGAAAUACUUCAAAUUUUAAGUAAGAAAAGCUGAUAACUGAUUUAUGUGAUUAAGUUGUCACAAGUUGUUUAUUGCAUGCAGCUAUUCAUAUAAUGAAGACAAAGAAAAUGAAGCAGAUGGAGAUGUAGUUAAAGAUGAUGUCUGGUAAAUACAUGUGGAUUUUUGUUAUAGACACUACACUGUGGGUUAAUUUUACAAUCCUAUCUUUCAUUAUUUCCUAUGGCAUUCAAAUUAAGGAAAUGGAACACACCACCACACCCCCCCAAAAAAAAAAAAAACCCCCCCCCCCCCCCCCCCCCCCAAUGAAAAUUAUUUUUUUUAAAGGGUUUUGGACAAAAUAUUAGCUGUAGAAUCCUCUUUCUCUCCCUCAUGUGUUGAUAUGCACCAAAAGUAUGAUGACGUAAAAAUUAGUUUAACACAAGCUUUUUUUCAAAUAUUUAAUAGUAAAAAAUGCCUCCACUCUUUCACUUGUCAAUAUAUGUCAACUAUAUAAAAAGGUAAAGCAUAAUAUUAACAAGCAAAUAUAUGUUAACUCUUUCUCUCCGUUCUGAAGGAAUUAUCUAUUUUGCAUAUUUGUCACGCUCUACUAUGUUAUCUCCAAACCAUCAUAACUUUUUUAUUUUAUCAGAAAAUUUUAAGUUUGGUAUGGAAUUAAAGGGGAAUGCAUGCUCUUUACAGACAUAGUAAAGUAAUACAGACUUAGGUCUAAAUAUUAAUACAUAAAUUAAAUGUGAUUAUGAUUUAAGGAAAAUAAAAUUUUUUAAAUAAAAAACUCACCAAAUGUUCAAAAAAAGCUCAUUCCAAGUCACACAAAGAGAAAUGUAUAAUCCAAUGUAACAAAAAAAUUUUUUUCUGAACUAUAUCCAUAUGUGCAUCACUAAUAAUAAUAAAGAUCAUAUUUAAAAAAAAAUGAAACACCAUAGACAUUAUCCAUUGUUACAGCCACACAAAAAAUGUCUGGAAAAAACCUAUUUCACUGGAAACAAUCUGUUGCUAUAGAAAAUAUUUGCACUGUAUCCUUGUAUGUAUUAACAUUUAUUAUGGUGAAUGGAAAAUUUACCAUAAAUUUGUCAUAUCUUUUCAUCUGGGCUUAGCUAUGGUAAGCCUGAAAACAAUCCAUAUGGAUGUGCGGAUCUGACUCACAUCCAGCGCAAACGUAUACUGGUACAGUUGGCCCUGUUCUUCAGUGUUUGCACACUGUUCUUUUAGGAGCUAAUAGGCACAUGUUUUGCUCGGAUAAGUGUCAAUGGCAUCAAUGGCACAAGGAUGUCCACGGCCUGGAACGUACAAAUUUUCCCCCCCUUUGAAAUAAUGAUCACAGCAUAUUAUUUUUAUCUGUCCUCAAGUUAUUGUUUGAAUUUCUGAGGGUUAUUUUUUCUGAUCUUAUGGCCUUGUGAGCUUAUAAAAGGCUACAUUUUACACUUAUUUCUUGUAGCAUGUAGAGAAUUUUUCUCUCUGAAAAAUUGUGACAUACCAAAAGUCACGAACAAAUGGACAAGAGUUCAUCCCCAUCGUUGUUACUGCUAGAAACUUGUAGGUCUCAUAAUUAUUGACAGGUUUCCAGUCACUAAAAAUAGUCCUGCAUGUUGAAGUGUUGAUUUUUGGACUGUUGUGAAGCCGCAAUCACGGCAUUUCGGGGUGCUGUAUUUCAACUACCAAGACAUUUGAGGUGUGUGAUCAUAUUUUAGAGAGCAAGGCCGACCUUGUGUUCAUGAACGAGACGUGGGUUAAACAAGUCGGAGAUGAGGUCAAGCUGCAAGAAAUUACACCUCUGGACUACAUCCUUCACUCUUGCCCAAGGCAGUCGCAGAGUGGCGGUGGUAUUGCUGUCCUUUACAGGAGCUCCCUCAAGAAUAGUGUGACGUUCUCAAAAUCAGAAGAGUUUGUUUCAUUUGAAAUGUGCAAGAUGCAACUUAAUUAUGGUGACCAAGUGAUGAUGCUUAUCUGCAUAUACAGGCCACCUCCCAAUAAGCGAAACAAGUUGAAGAUUAGAUUUAUUUAGGCAUUUUUAUAUAGCGCUUACCUUGAAGCUCUAAGCGCUUUACAAUUAUUAAAAACAUGUAAACUAAGUAAAAUAAAAAAGAUCUGUCAGUUCACUGCUGAGUUUCUACAGCUUCUGGACACGUAUGUCUCCACCAACAAUGUCAUCAUAAUUGGCAACUCAAACUGCCAUUUUGAUUCCACCACCGACAGCUGUGUGAAGACUCUAAAAUCAGCUCUUGACACACACGGUAUGACUCAGCUUGUCAAUGUCCCGACACAGAAACGAGGUCACAUCCUAGAUUGGCUAAUUGUCAGAGAGGACCGUGCAUCUAUGAUUCACAACCUCAUUAUUGAGGCAGACCUGUUUGCCCUCAAACUCUUCAAAUCGUACAUUGUCACAAAAUCGUUCAUUACAUUAUAUUAAUAAUAAAAAAUAAAUCUACAGUAUAUAUGAUGUAUACACCUCCAACGCCAAAAUUGUAAGAGUAAACAGGUCUGUUGAGGACAAACUGAUCUCUGAUCAUUUCCCAGUAAACUUUAACUUUGACUUGAGGAAGCCAGGGCGCUUUCUGCGCACAGUCACAUCCCGUUACCUCCGAAAGAUAGAUCUAGUAGCUUUCAAUGUGGCGUUGCGGCCCUCGGGUGCAGUGAAGAAGACCCUGCGACAGACUACAACAGUGGCCUAAGAGUCAUCUUAGACAAACAUUCACCUCUGUCCAUAUAUCGCGUUACGGACCACCCUUCCCGCCAUGGCUCACGCCCUAAAUAAAGGACGCGAAGCAGCGUCGUGCAGAAUGUCAAUGAAGGAAGUCUGGCUGGACUGUGCACCGACAAAUCUUUGUUGAUCACAAGGAACAAACUAAGAAGUUGGUCCUUGCAGCUAGGACUGAGCAGUUCAGUCACCAGAUUGUAGAUUGCAGCUGAAGUAUGAACUUAUUUCCUAUUGUGGGUCAGCUGACUGGUAAACAGGAGGACAUAUCGUUGCCAAAUAACAUUGCUGUAGGCAAGAUGCCAGAUGCUCUAAAUGAAAGUUACAAAGAUCAGGGCGAGACUUGACAUUUGCACUGAUGCUUCCGAAUUCUCGCCGUUUAACGGCUCUCCUAUGAGCGAAUUUGUGGAGGUCACUAAAUCGGAUGUGAAGAAUAUACUGGUUGACACCCCAAGAAAGUCAUGUUUACUCGCCUCUCUUCCGGCAUGGCUGUUGUACGAAUGUUUGGAUGAAAUAUCAUAACUAUAUCAUAAAUCAGUCUUUGAAAACUGGUAUUGUUCCAUCCUUUUUAAAGAGGCGGUUGUAACUCCACUGCGAAAGAAAGCAAAUCUCGACCCAAAUGUGUUGGAAAAUUAUCCAAAAUCUUAGAGAAAGUCGUUCUCCACAAGCUCCUAGAUCACCUCACUUAGUGUGACUUGUUUGAGCCUUUCCAGUCAGCAUACAGGACACAUCACUCUACUGAGACAGCCCUGUUGUGCGUCGUAAAUGACCUUCUGUCAUCUUGUGAUGAGGGGCAGGUAUCCCUUUUGUCGUUACUUGAUUUAUUGGCAGCUUUUGAUACGCUUGAGCAUUGGCAUACUUCUCGAAAGUCUGCAAAAACUUUUCGGUUUGACCGAUACUGUCAUGAGAUCGCUCCGCUCAUGCCUGACUAAUUGGGUCCAAUCAGUUAACGCAAAUGGCUUGACCUCGAAGCAAUCUAUUAUCGAGUUUAAAGUAACCCAAGGCUCGGUCCUAGGCCCGGUGCUUUUCACUAUGUACGUUCAGCCCCUGGGUGCAGUGAUCAAGCAGUUUGACAUGCUAUAUCACAUGUUCGUGGAUGAUACCAAACUUCAGCAAUCCGUGAUCUCUCUCAGCUCCCUCAGCUUCUUGGUAUGACACAGAAGACAGUGGGGUCAGUUAAGCACUGGAUGACCAUAAACAAGCUCAAAUUUAACUAAGAAAAGACCGAGCUGAUCCCCAUUGCUACAGCUCAGAUGCAAAAAUCUGUAAAUAACACACCAUCCCUUACUCUCCCAGGUGUGUAGACUGAAUUUGCUCAAACAGUGCGAAACCUGGGUGUCUACUUGGACUGAACACUAACUAUGGAAAAUCACAUUAACAUGCUUUGUAAGGCGAUUUUUCUAGAGCUGCGCAGAAUUAGUCAUAUUAGACCUUUUUAAACAUUUAAUGCAUCAAAGAGGCUGAUGUCUGCAUUUGUGCUAUCACGCAUGGAAUACUGCAAUUCUCUCAUGGUGGGUCUUCUGGCUACACUCCUAGCUAAAAUUAAAAAAGAACACAAUAAUGCUGCUUGCAUUGUUCUGCGCAAACGCAAAUUUGACAAUGCUAAAACACAAAAUGUACAAAAUUGCCACUCUCUGCUACUGCUGCUUGCAUAAACUGUCGCUGUCCUAUUUCAAAGCUCUCAUGACGCCUUAUGUACCACAAGAUCUCUCCGUUCAUCCGACAGUGGCAAACUCUGGAUACAGCGAGUCCGCCUUGAGACCUACGGAAGGCGCACUUUCGCUUUUGCUGGCCCAAGAAUCUGGAACGCCCUUCCUGUCGCUCUCAGAAACAGCCAGACACUGCAGUCUUUCAAAACUAAGUUGAAAACACAUCUUUUUUGCACUCACCUCCUGGGGGUGAUGUAACCCACUGCCUUGUUUCCAGCUUGCUCAUAUUUCUUGAUGUAGAUUUUGUAUUGUUGCGUUUUGUAUUUUAUUUGUGGAAAAAAUAUAAAUUGUCAAAUAUGGUUGACUUUGUACCGCGUUUCGAGCCUUAAUUAGGGAUGAAGCGUGUUUUUGAAAUGAACUUUAUUAUUAUUAUUAUUGAUUUUAAUUCUUUAGGAAGCAUACUCAUUUAUUGAGAGUACAAGCUUGUGAAUAAUAUGUGUGUCAGGCAAAGUAAAAGAAAAAGUCACUGUCAUUUGACAAGCUCCAAAUACACCUACAUUUUGCAGAUGUAAAAAUCUGAAAUUGCACUCUGUUUUAGUUUUAGUGCUAAGAUCAACUGCUUUCCUAUUAGAAUCUACAUUAUUUAUGGUAGGAAACUUAUUAGCACUAAUACAAGGAAGUUUAGAUUGGAGUGGGGCUGGUUGUUCAUCAGUUGAUGAAUUAUCAAUUUUCUCACUUGUACCGUACUACUAAUACUAGUACCAGUACUAGGAUUAUAAUUAUACAAUUCAUGAGAAUCAGCCUUUGCAUCCGAAAUCUUAAUCGUCAUCAGCGUAAUAUUUUCAACCUUUAUUAGAUCGAUCGCCAGAUGGGUCAGGUCAACAAAAAUAAAAUAGUUUAAAUAGAUAAAAGAAAACAACCGUUUCAAACACUUUGUUCUGUACAAAAAAUGCUUUGAAUAUUAGGAAAAAAAGCGAUGCUUAUCAAAGGGAAAUCACUCUAAAUUUGAUGAAAAGUAAUUUAAAACCAAUAGCUAAGAAAAGAACUGAAGCAAACAGGUUUUUAUGCAUCGGCAAUGCCAUACUAAAUCUGUCAGAAAACCUAAUUUAAAAUCGACAAUGGGAGCGUUUAUCUGGAGAGAAAGAGUUAAAAUGCAAAGUUUUUUAAGUUAAAAUUGUAAAGUGGUGAACUAUUUUACACAAACAUGCCUGCACUGUAUUUAAAGCGCACUUUGUUAAAACAAAGGCAUUAUUUUUUAUCACUUUCCAUUAAAAAUGUCACGACAUUAUUUAACUAAUGCCUUAAACUUAAAUAUAAUAUAUUGACCAAAUUUUUAUAGUUAAAAGUGCCUUGAUAAUAAUCGUGGACAAAAUUUCAACUUUGUAGCAUCCCUAAAAAAAAAUAAAAAAAUAAAUGUAAAGGGAAUUCAAUUUAAUAAUGCAUUCUCAAUAAUUUGGACUGGUUUUUUUUUUUUUGUUCAUCCCAAAACCUCUUCAUAUUUUUGUGUGGUUCAAAUGAACAAAAGUAUCAAAAUAUUUUGCAAUAAGAUAAAGAAUUUUAGUCACUUGUAAUAAAAGAUGUGAAAGCAGGGGGUUGUAAGAAUAUGAGAAUAAAAGUGCUAUUAAAAACUGAGUUGCAAGCUUCUUGUGUUCAUCCUACAAAAGUUUUUACAUAGAGGUUAAUUGCCACAAAUGGAUAUACUGUUUUUCCUGUUAGCUUAUGUCUUCAUUUCUUUGAAUUGGUAACUUGUUGGCAUAAGUAAGAUAACUUUACAUAAAAUUUAUGCAAGAGAAUUCAAACAUAGCUUGUUCAAAUAUAUUUUAUUUUUAAGUUCCAUUGAUGAUUCCAUUUGAGAUGGUUAUUGUAGGAACGUAACGUUACUAUGAAAUUGGAGAUGGGUAGAGGGUGUAAUGUGUAUGAAUAACUUCUCAAAAAGUGAUACAAAAAUAAGAUUUUUCCUUGAAGCUGUAUUAGGUAAUUGUGGAUGACCAAAAAAAAAGCCCAUUGUAUAUUCAUCAUAACAUUUUUUGGCACAGUAUGUUAAUUAGCUUAGUGAGCCAUUCACUAAAUGAAGUUUAAAAAAUUACAUUAGCUGACAGUUUAACACACUCUUGCGAUAGUAGCCAUAAAAAAUUUUUGCUUUUACUUUAACUGUUGAAAAAUCCAUGUUUGUCAUCCAUUUUUUGGUAAAAAGCUUGAUUUUAUUUUUAUACCUUUUGUUUUUUGUGUCAAUUUACACAGACCAUUAAAAUGCUUAUGUUGAAGUAUUUGAUUUGAUUCCAAAUAAUAGACAGUGGUGUGUGCUGGCAAUCGCUUUUAGUUCAUCAUGCUAUCAUGAAAAAGUUCAAAGAGAUCAGAUCCUAACAGGUUUAUUUCAGUUGAUGAAUUAACAUGUAAUAGAUACAUUUAUUUUGAAUUUUAUUGACUGUAUCAUGCAGUUUUAACAAUCUUUAUAAAGGGCUUGUAUUUUUAAAAUUGCAAGAAAAAAUAAAUGAGGGCUUUCAGUUUUAUGUUAAUAUUUAAUUAUUUUGUACAUUUCAUUUUCAUGAAGCUUUAUUUCCCUCUUUUUUAAAUUGUUUUUUCUUUGUGAUAGGCCCUGUUAUCAUUGAUUUUGUUAUUAAAUACUUAAAGCUUAGGGAUCACUGAAAAAUUAUAUACACUGAGACUGGAAAAAAAAAGGUAACCCUUUUAAUUAUGAUGAAAACAAAGUGUAAAUAUUUAUCAAUUUUUUAAAAUCUAAAACUCAUUGUAAUUCUAACAUGAUGAUUAACUAGACACAAAGAAUUAUGUUCAGCUUUAAUUAUGAUUAUACAAAAUACAAGUUUAGACAUUUCGGCAAAUGCCUUCAUUAGUACAAAAAACCCAUUAAUAUAAGUAUAACCCACGAGGGUUUUGCGCCCAAUCUUAUUCUUUUCUCUCUUUUUUUAAGUAGGAUACAUGUAUUUUUAUAUCAUGUAAAUUUAAUUUAUGCUGUUUGUCCACCAUUAACUUCAACACAGGCUUCAAGAUGCACUCACCAUUGACCAAUAGCUGCAUCUAUAACUGGCUGAUCAAGCUCAUCCCAUACAUUAACAAUUCGCUUAUGGAGUUCUUAUAUGUUCUGUAUUCUUUCUCGUGCAUUAUUCCCCAAAUCUUCUAAUCAACUGGAUUAAAGUCAGGUCUAUUUACUUGUGUUUUUCCUCAUUAUUACAAGGGUUUCCUUUUUUCCCCAGACACAGUGUAGCAUUGUUAUAUAUGAAAACUUUUGAUAUUUUUGUCUAGGUCAAGUCGAAGCCGAAAAACCCAAGAGUCAAGUUCAAGUAUUGAUAGCAGUGAUACAGCUCAGAAAAAGUUUGGCAGUGCCAAAGCUAUCUCUUCUGAUCAGUUCUUUGGUAACAAAGACAAUGAUGUGAGUCAUUAGAAAGCUUUGAAAAUAUUUUCUGUCUGAAAAUAAGCUGAUUGAUCAUUUCUUUAGGAAAUCGUCUCUAUUUCUCAAAUAAAAACUCACAUUUUAAAAAAUCAAACUAUGGGUAAUUUAAAUAAACACAGCUUACGGUUGCCUAAAUGUACAUUUUUAUAUUAAUUUAAUUUGUAUUUUUUAUUUUUCUUGGUUCAUAUAGUUUGAAACCAGGCAAAAUUUAAACCGGCUAGAAGGUCAGUCAUCCAUCUCAAGUGAUGAUUUCUUUGGAGGAAGCACUACCAGUUCUCGUAGACAAAACUAUGGAAGUUCUACCCCUGAUCUGCAGGAUAUAAAAGAUGGUGUCAAGCAAGGUGUCACCAAAGUGGCUGGAAAAAUAUCUAGUUUGGCAAAUGGAGUCAUGUCUAGUUUACAGGUAAACCAAGUUAAUCAAUUUAAUUUGAUUUAA